AUGGAUACCGGGAGUGGUGAUAAAUCAAAUGCUGACAAUGAUCUCUAUUUACCACAAACUGACUCAUUUUGGGAAAUUGGUAAAUUUAAUCGAGCUGUGAAACGUUGUGACGAUGGAAAUAAAUUAACAACUGAUCUUGUUAGUAUGAUAGGUGAACGUGCUGAACUUGAAAAAGCAUUUUCAAAAAUGCUUAAAAGUUGGUCAAAAAAAUGGUCUGAAUAUGUUGCGAAAUCAUCUGAAUUUGGUUCGAUGACAUCAGCUUGGAAAGCAAUUAUGGGCGAAGCUGAUGCAUCAGCUGAAGUUCAUCAAACUGUUCAUGAUGAAUUACAAAAUGAUGUUAUACCUGCAAUAAAAUCAUGGCAAAAAGCUAAAUAUGUUAAAUCAAUGAUGCAUAUCAAAACAACAAAAGAUUUUGAUGAAGAAUUUAAACGAGCACAAAAACCAUGGGCGAAAUUAUAUGUUAAAGUUGAUAAAUAUAAACGUGAAUAUCAUACAGCAACAAAAGCUCUUAAAAUGGCUGAAACACAAGAAAAUAAUGCUAAACUUGAUGGUUCUAUUCCACAAGAACAACGUACUAAAGUCGUAGAAAAAGUUGAACGAAGUCGUAAAGAAAAAGAAGUUGCUAAAAGUAAAUAUACUGAAGCUCUUCAAGAGCUUAAUCGAGCUAAUCCAAAAUAUAUGGAUGAUAUGAACGAGGUCUUUACCCGGUGUCAAACAUUUGAAAAAGAUCGUCUUGUGAAAUUUCGAGAGUUCUUGGGUGCAACUGAAAAAUGUCUCGAUCUCAGCAGUAGACUACAAACACCAAUUUUUCAACAAUUCCCUCAAACAAUUAAAGCUAGCGAUCCGGAUAGAGAUUUAACAUGGUGGUCGGAUACUUAUGGUGCGACAAUGAAAAUGAAUUGGCCAAUAUUUGAGGAAUAUUCUGAUGCACAACGUACACUUUCUCGUCGCGGUAAAGCCGAUAUUGAACGAGAAAAUCCAGUAGUUGUUACUGCUAUUCGUUCAAGUCAUAAUGGACCACCAGGUGGUGCUCCAUCAUCAUCUGAUCAUCGUCUAUCAACUAGUUAUGUAAAUCAAUCGCCAGUACCACCAAUACGGACUACACAGUCAUCUGUUUAUCCUAAAUUGGAUACAAGUAAUGCAAGCAAUUCGAAUCCUUUCGAUGAAAGCGAUGAUGAUGAUGAUGAUGAUGAUAAUCAUGAUAAAGAAAAAUCGACGACUAACCGUUCAAGUUAUGGAGGAGGAACAAGUAAUGGUGGUUUUUCAACUGUACCACCCUAUCCAGCUAAUAAUGUUCAAUCCGCAUAUCCAGCAUCGGCGAAUCCAUUCUUAGAAGAUGAUGAUAAUAUUGAUUCAUUAUCACCAGCUCAUCAUCCUUCUCAUCAAUCACCAACAUCAAUAGGAGGUUCCUCUCUUGAUAGUAGUGCCGGUGUACCUGUACGAGCUCUUUAUGAUUAUGAAGCACAAGAACAAGAUGAAUUAUCAUUUAAACAAGGUGAUAUUUUUACUAAAUUAGAAGAUGAAGAUGAUCAAGGAUGGUGUAAAGGACGUGUUAAUGGUCGCACAGGUCUUUAUCCAGCUACUUAUGUCGAAAGUGUUUAA